UCUUACCGUGUACACUUAGCUAUAUGAUUUAUUAUAAAAUAUUGUUACAGUUACUACACCCCAAGUAACAUAGUAGCAUUUCUUAAAAAUAUAUACAUAUAUGUUUUCUAAGAGACCAGCAAAACGUCAGAAACAGCUGUUUAAUGUACAAUUUCAAAUCGUGCCGCCAAUAUUAUGGGACACUACUUAAAUUAUUUUCUAUAAAAUAAUAGUUUUAUGAAAUAUGUUUGAAAUGUUAAUUAAGACUCAGAAUACCUAAUUUGAUCGGAAGAAAACUUUUAAACUCGGUAAGUACCAACUUCCGGUUAGCACUGCGCAUGCGUCACUGUCUGACGUUUAUGAAUCAAUAUAACUAAACUUUGUUACGUUUUCAUACUCGUAUAAAAAUUUUGGUCAGUGUUACUUCUUUAUACAUAUGAGUUCUCGUAAAUAAUAUUGAAUCCCUGUAAAAGGCCGUGGCGGAGAGUGAAGGACCUGCGGUGGGGGCAACUAACGGCCUCGCCGUGAAUAGUAAGGUCUAUCCCAGUCCGGGGGCGGCGCGCGGCGUUUGGGCGCUGCCGCAGCCGCCCCCAUGCACUAUGGCUGCCGAGGAAUCUCUACCUCCAUGCUCACCAAUAUCUCCUGACGCACCGUCUACGCAGCCUCGGAUAACGACAAACCUAAACCAUCACUCGGAUUACGAACAACUUAUAUUCGAGGGAGUACGUUCAGGUGAGGUAUCUGAAAUCGAGCGUCUGGUAGAAAAACUGGGCGUGGAAAUUCUAAGUGCUCGAGAUCAACAUGGCUACACCCCAGCUCACUGGGCCGCCUUGGAUGGUAGCGUUGCUGUCAUGAGGUACUUGGUGGAACGAGGAGCACCUGUAGACCUCUCUUGCUUAGGGACUCAGGGUCCUCGGCCAAUUCACUGGGCUUGUCGAAAAGGGCAUGCAUCAGUAGUGCAAGUUCUAUUGCAAUCAGGCGUCGCGGUGAACGCAGCUGAUUUCAAAGGUUUAACGCCAUUAAUGACAGCCUGUAUGUAUGGAAAAACGGCCACUGCCGCAUAUCUACUUGGCAUGGGAGCAGCAACGAGACUAUCAGAUAUAAACGGUGACACAGCUCUCCAUUGGGCGGCGUAUAAGGGUCACGCAGAUUUAGUCCGUCUAUUAAUCUACUCAGGGGUGCCGUUACAUUGUACUGACAAUUUUGGCUCAACACCCUUACAUCUCGCGUGUCUUUCAGGCAAUUUGACGUGCGUCCGAUUGCUUUGUGAAAAGGCUCUCUUUCAGGUAAAGGCUGAACUCGAGCCACGUGACAAAAAUGGAAAGACACCCCUAAUGCUCGCACAAAGCCACCGACACGCGGAGGUCGUGAAACUGCUGCAAAAGGAGAUGAAACGCAAAUCUCACUGGAUGCCACCGCUUUCCGAGUUAUGGGCCUUGCUGUUCGGUGGAGCUGGUGAUUCUAAGGGACCACUGCUUUUCUUUCUCGGAUCCGUUCUCUUGUGGGGUUAUCCUAUGUAUAUUAUACGGUGCAUACCAUUAACAUGGAAUACGCUACGGCUAUCUCACUACUGUUUUCUUUAUUGGAAUGCGAUAAUGUGGAUGAGUUGGCUGAUUGCUAACCGUCGCGAUCCAGGGUACAUACCACAAAAUUCUGAAACUUAUUAUCGAGCGAUAAGACAAAUACCGUACUACGAUAAAUGGAAGAAAAGAAAUGCUAUACUUUCACGUCUAUGCCACACGUGCAGAUGUCUACGACCUUUGAGGGCAAAGCAUUGUCGUAUUUGCAAGCGCUGCGUGGCCUACUUCGACCACCACUGUCCAUUCAUCUAUAACUGUAUCGGCGUUCGAAAUCGCAUGUGGUUCUUUUUGUUCGUGAUGAGUGUUGCUAUAAAUUGUACACUUUCUAUAUACUUCGCGUGCUAUUGUCUAUACCUAGAAGGCUUUGGAAUACUUUAUAUGCUGGGUUUGCUUGAGGCUAUAACAUUUUGCGCACUCGGAUGGAUUCUCACGUGCACUUCGGUGCUUCACGCCUGCAUGAAUUUAACUACCAACGAAAUGUUUAACUACAAGAGGUACCCGUAUCUACGUGACAAGAGAGGCCGCUAUCAGAACCCGUUUUCGCGGGGGCCUAUUAUGAACUUGAUUGAAUUCUUCGUUUGUUUACCGGACAAGUUUGAUGAGCAAGACCUUUUUUAUGGAGAGAAUAUAUGAAUUACUUACUGAUUUCGGAAUAGAUUAUUUUCGAAUUGCCUUCGCAAGCAUAGUAAAGUAUAGUGUGAUAAUACAUAUUAAGGAAUCUAACAUUUUGCUUUGAAAGUUACGACAGCUUUAAAUGAUGUACUCACAGUUUAUUGCAUAUUAUUAAAAAAAACAAAAAUAAAAACAUUACAUAGCAUCGGGCGGUCUUAUCGCUAUUAAGGAUAUCUUCCAGGCAACCUACACUUUCUAGCACAAAAUUCCACCAAAAGCUCUUUUUAACCUAUUGUCUAUUCCGUAUGUACCUGCAAACUUAGACUAAAGCUUGCUUGUUGCCAUAGCUACCAUUUUUACAAAAAAAUACACGUUUUAUAA